AUGGAUGAGCAAUGCGGGCCUCGUCACGACACCGUGCCGGACGCUCCCGCCUCGGCUGCCACGCAUCUCCUCUCCGACUUUGCCAUGUACGAACCCAUAUCCCGCGCCACCUCGCCCGGUCUGCCAUGCCCAAAGUCCGGCGCCGCUGCCGUCGACGACUCUAAGCGCUACCGUCCUCGAACCUUUGCCUACUUCCAGCAGCUGCCGCACGAGGUCGAGGCCGAAUCGGAACGCGACGCCGCGCUCGAGGAGAUCCUCAAGCAGCUGUACAUUGCCGUCAAGGCCGACGACUUCUCCCCCGGCGCCCUCCACUGGACACGCGAGCUCCAGGCAUGGCUCAACCUCAAGUUCGACCUCACCAGGGUCCAGCGCGCCAAGCUGACGAAGCUCUACUACUCCCUUGCCCUCACACCCGGCCUCGACUCCGUUACCUCGGAUAAGUUCCUCAGGAUGGUCUUGACCCUCACACGAAAGAGCCACUACCUGAGACCAGGGGAUGACCUAGUCCUUGACUGGCGUCCGCUCUGGGACGAGAUCAAGCCUUGGAUCUUCCCCUCGGAAGCCCCCGCCCACCAGAGCAGCCGUCGACGCUCUGCCAAGCAGCUCCUCAAGCUGUGCAACCAUGUCUGCUCCUACUUCGACCCCCGCGAGCGCCGCCAGAUGUUCCAGGAGUUCCUCCCAUUCUUCAGCGUAAACGACCUGCCCAACGCCUACAUCGUCAUGGGGCUCCUCAACACGCUGCUGCCCAGCCACCCCGCCCCCAAGGACGAGGCCCUCUGCCAACCCGCCGACUUCCUCCCCACCAUAUUCCACCUGUGGUCUAUACUGAACCGCUCCAAGACGUACGACACCCUGGUCAUCGAUCUGCUGUCGCGCGUCGCGAGGGAUCACCUGAGCUGCACUGACGUGGCCUUUGGUCCCCACGGCAUCUUCACCAAGGAGCAGUCGGACCUGGUCUUCACCGCCAUCCUGCGACUCACCGGCAUUCCUGUCGGCCAGGCCAACUCGCCCUACUCCUCCCUGGAUUACCUGUCCGGCGCAGGCGUGUACCUGGAGAAGGACAAGAAGAAGCAUCCCGUCGGGUACAUGAUGGCCCGCUGGAUCCUCCACUCCCUCUCCCCCCAGUGCAUGGAGUCCCAGGAUUCCGUCAUGGCCAGCCUCGAGGGCCUCAUGGAGUCGACGGAGACCUUCUUCCACCCCUCCAACCAGGGCAACUGGGCAGGCCUGCUCGCUCAGCUCACCUUGUACCUCACCGACGGGUUCGUCUCCAGGUGGAACCGGGAGCACAGCGGCGAGCUUGACGUGCCGGAGGAGCGGAGGCUCACGCCCGCCCUCAAGAGGCGCUUCGUCGCCGCGCUCAAGGACGCGACGUUCAUGGGCAUCUUCUCCAAGAGCAGCCGGAUCUCCAACUACUACUACAGCACGCUGCAGGGCCUGGCCUUCCUCGAGCCCGACAUGAUCUUGCCCGGUGCCCUCCAGCGAUUCUAUCCUAGCCUGCAGGGUUUGGUUGAGGUCCACCGCACCACGUCCAGCCUCAAUGGCCUGCAGAUGAUCGCCAACAUCAUGGCCAAGACCAAGGGAUACCGGUGCCACAUCACGGCCCUCCUCGCCCUCGUCCUGCCCGGGAUCGAUGCCAACGAUCUGAACAAGACUCAGUACACCUUGGCGUUCAUCCAGAGCGUCGCAUACAGCAUCCCGAUAGCCUCCCUAGCCAGGGAGGAAGGCCACAUCCACGACACCGCCCUGGCCAUGGAGUGGGUCCAGGCCGAGAUGGACCGCUUGGAGCGCGACGGCCAGGACGUCCAGAUCGACUACGAUGCCGAGCUCCCGGACGAGUUCGAGGCCGACAUCCUGCGCUCCUCCACCACCGGCUUCGGCGAGUUCCUCGUCACCUUGCUCGGCAAGGUCUUCACCCUGCUGGAGAACCUGCCGGACGCCAACCAGGUCCGCGGCGGCACGCCCGAGGACAACGUCAUCAGCGCUCUCCCCGCAGCGCUCUACCCCAUAUUCUCCUCCCUGUCCCCCGACCUGUUCGACCUCGCCCUCGAGAAGCUGGCGACGUUCGUCUCCAGCCACGUCAUCCACCAGGCCCGCGACGCCAUGGCCUGGAUCCUCAACGCCCUGUGCAAGGUCAACCCGGAGAAGACGCUCAAGGUCCUCGUCCCCAUGUUCGUCAUCAACAUCCGCAACGAGAUCGACCAGAACAACGCGGCCUCGGACCGCACCACCGGAACCGACUACCUGCCGCGUGACCGCGCCCUCGUCUGGCACAUAAGCAUGCUGGCCAUGUCCCUGGUCCAUGUCGGCAAGGAGGUGCUGAACUACAAGGACGAGCUUCUCGGCAUCGCGGACUACAUGCAGGAGAAGUGCCGUGGCCUGCCCACCAUCCUCGUCUCCAACUACAUCCAUCACCUGCUCCUCAACCUCACCCACACCUACGCCAUGGACCACGCCCUGUACGAGUCGUCCGUCAUCGAGCGAGGCCUGGACGUCGGCGACUGGGGCCGGACGACGGCUCCCGCAGACCUCACCAUCCGCUGGCACCAGCCGUCGCCCCCGGAGAUCGACUUCGCCGUCGAGCUCUUCGAGUCGCACAUCCGGUCGGCCACCAAGCAGCUGAACCUGCUGAUGAGCGACGACCCGCCCGUGAGCCGCAGGGGCAAGAACAAGGAGUGGUCCAACGAAGUCUCCAGGAUGCUGCAGCAGUUCCGCCUCAUCACGGCCGGGAUGGCCACCCUCUUCGACCCCAAGCGCGCCUCGGGCGAUGCCGACGACCGGCACGCCCCGGACGCGGACGUCGACAUGGACGACGAGGACGGCGACGAGAUGAUGGACGACGACCCCCUCGCCGAGGUCGCCGAGGACGAGGAGCUGCGCCCCCAGUUCCGCUACAAGGCCGGCUAUGCCCUCAAACCCACCGACCCGGCCUACCGGAAGAUCCACGAGCUGCGGGACGAGCUGGGCCACCUGCUCUCCAGGACGCACGCGUUCCUCAACGAGCAGCAGGAGGAUGACGUGAGCUGCUUCACGGCCCUGUACAGCGCCUACCGGACGUGGAUCACCGACGUCGGCGUCGAGCGCUCCGCCCACCCGCUCGAGAGGCACACCCGCCUGUACCGGUCCGACAUCUCCCCCUUCAAGAUCAAGGGCCUGCGCAAGGCCUACCCCCGCCCCCUCCUGAUCAAGCGCGCCGAGGCGUACCAGAUGCUCCGCAUGAAGCACAACUCCUCGACCAGGCAGAAGAGCGACCUGGAUAGGCGGCUGCUGCUCGACCUGGCGCAGUCGUGCCUGUCCCUGUACGCGGACGUCCGCCGGGUGGCGCAGUCGUCCCAGGACUCGUCGCUGAAGGCCCUGAUAGGCGGCAAGCCGCUCGUCAUCCCCAUCAUACUCGACGGCUUUCGGGACGCCAUCCAGAAGGUCGACCACGACCGCAUCAAGGGCGGGCUCUACACCCUGUUCUACACGUCCCUGCUCAGGACGCUCGUCAAGGAUUGGAGAUUUGCCCCCGAGGCCAUGCGCCUCUACAUAGAGACGGCGGCCAUCGACAAGCCGUCGAUCCAGAAGCUGGGAUCCGGGGUCGUCUACAACAUCAUCGACUUUGGCAAGCCGUUUGACCGCCUGAUCCUCACGGACGAGGCCGUCCUCGACACCAUCAAGCCCGACGACGACGUCUCGGCCGUCGUCGACAGGAGGCGCCAGUUCAUCCAGCAGCGCCGGGAGCGCGUCGAGAGCUCCAAGGCCGAGCUGGGCAUCGAGCUCACCGCCAAGGCCAAGACGGCGCACUGGAAGAUCGCCACGCGGUGCUCGAUAUUCGCCACGAACCUGUGCCUGCGCUUCGAGACGCUGGCCCCGGCCGAGUUCGUCGACCUCAUCGCCCGCGGCACCAUCGACCCCCACCCCAGCCUGCGGGGCUACCACCUGCAAGCCUUCACGUCGGUCUUCCAGGGCAUCGACGUGCGUGCCGUCUACGGCCACGACUACCGCAACUACCUGCUGGAGCGCGAGGUCGGGGACCGCAACCGCGUCGAGGUGCCCGUGAAGAAGGGCGACGCCGCCUUCACGAAGCGCUUCAUGGACUCGUUCGAGACGUCGGACGGCGCCGAGUACAUGGUCGACACGGACUACCCGGGCUGGCUCGUGUGGGGAGACAGGUUCACGGCCUUCCGGGCCAAGCCGCUACCCUUUGACUCGUACGACGAGACGGAAGAAGCGGUGCGGGACCAGAUCGGCAGCAUCCUGACCAGGGACUGGUUCUCGCAGUGCUUCGACUACCUGAAGCAGGAGCCCCGCGACGCCAGCACCGACAGGUUCCGCAUGAGCAACGUCUACCUGCUCAUGCACGCGUUCGACCUCAUGCACUACGGCAAGACGGCGGCGACGCUCGACGACAUCAAGGAGCUGACCAGGGGCGUGUACGGAGACGGAUCCGACAAGCACCAGCACCGGGCGACGUCGGAGAUCCUGGGCGCGCUGCUGGCGGGGUCGAGCGACGACCCGCCCGAGAUCCGCGACCGCGUGUGGGACUUUGCGGCGCCCAUGUUCCUCGAGAUCCUGCUGGAGAACCUGACGCCCGAGAACAUCACGUACUGGCUGACGUGCCUGCACAUGAUACUCGACUCGCGGGACCCGCGCCGGUCGCACGAGAUCGUCGAGGCGCUGCAGGACUUCAAGCUUGACAUGACGUCCAACGCGGCCUUCAAGGAGUCCGCCAAGAUCCAGCUGCUCGAGUUCAUCAUCGCGGACGGCGGGUGGCACUUCCGCAAGGUGCAGCCCAUCCUGGACGACUUCCUGUCGCACCUGGACCACCCGUACAAGGCGGUGCGGGAGGCCAUGGGACGGGUCAUCUCGGUCAUCUACAAGACGCGGCACCACGAGUCAUUCGAGAACGUGACGGUGAUGCUGGAGGAGAACAGGAAGGCGUCGUCCAUCGGUCUGGCGCCGUACAGGCCGUCGGAGGAGCUGACGCGGGUGAUGACGGGGGUGUUUGAGCAGCUGGAGAGGUGGCGGCACGAGCGCGAGCCGGGCCAGCAGACGCCGUCCUCGUACACGGCCGGAUCCAAGACGGUGCUCAUGUGGCUGGACUGCACACUGUCGUCGCACGAGUGCGCGCAGCUGAUACCGUUCUUCGCGGACCCGUUCAUGGAGCAGCUGCUGCACAUGAUGGACGUCAAGGAGGACCCGGAGCUGAUGCGCAUAGCCUACCACGUGUACCGGCACCUGCCCAACAUACCGUUCCGGGACGGCGAUGACGUGGACUUCGUGCGGGGCAUCAUCCGCAUCGGGCGGACGGCGUCGAGCUGGCACCAGCGGCUGCGGGCCCUCGUCAACAUGCAGGUCAUCUACUUCCGGCGGCUGUUCCUCACGCGCCCGGAGCAGCGCGACGAGCUCUUCACGGCCGUGUCGGACAUGCUGGGCGACCCGCAGAUCGAGGUGCGCACGACGGCGUCGACGACGCUGGCGGGCAUGAUCCGGUGCUCGCCGCGGGCGAUCCGCGACCCGGCCAUCGAGUCCCUCAAGGCCCGGUUCGACGACCUCCUCCGCAGGAACCCCAUGCCCAAGCGCAAAGCCCCCGGCACCGACACGCCGAUCGGCCAGCAGCAGCAGAUCGCCAACCGGCACGCGGCCGUGCUCGGGCUGGGCGCCCUCAUCGAGGCGUUCCCGUACGCCACGCCGCCGCCCGAGUGGAUGCCCGAUGUGCUGGCCACGCUGGCCCGCAAGGCGGCGGGCGACCCCGGAACGGUCGGGAAGGCUACGAAGAUGAUUCUCAGCGAGUUUAAGAAGACGAGACAGGAUAGCUGGACAGUGGAUCAGAAGUACUUUACACAAGACCAGCUUGAAGAUUUGGAAGGUGUCCUUUGGAAGAGUUACUUUGCAUAG